AGUGCUACGUUGCAGGACGUGUGUGCUGUCGGAAGGCUAGAUUCGGAAACGAUAUGGGCGUCGAAAUCGAGACAAUAACUCCCGGCGACGGAAGGACUUUUCCAAAAAAGGGGCAGACGUGCGUGGUGCAUUAUGUCGGUUCUCUUACUGAUGGACGCAAAUUUGACUCAUCCCGGGAUAGAGACAAACCCUUCAAGUUCAAGAUUGGGAAACAUGAAGUUAUCCGUGGUUGGGAAGAGGGAGUAGGGCAGAUGAGUGUAGGCCAGAGGGCUAAACUGACUUGUUCCCCUGACUAUGCCUAUGGAAAUAAGGGCCACCCAGGAAUCAUUCCGCCCAAUGCCACUCUCAUCUUUGAUGUGGAGCUGCUUGGCCUUGAGUGAUCCUACCCCACAGCAGUGCUUCUUUGUUCUUGGUUGCCUCCUAUCUUGGGAACAGGAGAGAGAGGAGUUUGUGUACUUGAUUCUGUUACAGACUUCUGUCUAUAGCUCCAUUCCUGUCACAUUUACUCACAUAAAGUAUGUAUUUGCAAACAAAUUUUGUUUUCCAAACAUUCUUCAUUUUUACGUAUUUUGUGCCAUAACUUCAUUCACCUCAGAAUUCUUGAUCUUGAAUUUAAAGACCUUUUCUUCUUGCUUUGUUUUGUGAAAUUAAGUUGUGCGUGAUUGGGUGUAUACCAAUUACAGAGUUAAAAGGAAAGAGCAGAUUGUAAAUGCAUCUAGUGAAAUUUUAAACCAGUGAAAAGCACAGUUAUUUUACUUGUAGGAAAAUGAGAUUAGUUGUGUGUUUGAAAAUGGGGUAAUGACAUUCUUAAAAACAGAUUUCUGAAAACCAAACAUAAAUAUGACCUGUGAUUAUUAUUUUCAUACACUUGUGAUAUGAGGAAAAAAUUUGGGGCGAGGAAAUUGAUAUCCUCCCUCCAUUAUUUUAAACCAACAUGCCAUUUUCUCAAAUGCCAGUGUUUUAUCUCUGAAAUACUUAUGUCAUGAAAAAUCUGCAUCACUAGAGGCACAGCAUCAUGUGCUUUCGGAGUUGCUGCGCGAUGAGGCUGAUGAAUGUUUUAUAUUGCGUUUGAAAGAACCUCAAUCAGUCAUGAGAUGCUGGUCAUCGCUGCUCCCUGUUUCUGGCGUGGCAUGAAUGGCGUGUUAUUGAGCUGUAUAUGUGUGUGCUAAAUUAAACUGAUGAUAGAAAUCAAAAUGUGUGGUUGCAAUAAAGUGCUUUCUACCAUA